AUGCCUCUCCCAGGACCACGGCGUGCCCUACCUGCGGCGCCAGGCGGCGAAGGCGGCCAAGUGGCCAGAGUGGGAGUUCCUCCUAGCGGACGGGGGCGACGGGCAGACAGGAAGCGGGAGCGGCCUCAUCUGGAAGAACCACACCAUGAUCGGCAUCCUCGAGGAGAGCGUCGACGUCGGCGGGCCGAAGUACGCGACGCUGGACGGGGAGAAGAACGAGCAGAUGUGCGAGGCGUUCUGGGAGGGCGGAGCGCUGGUGAUCGAGCGCCAGAGCCCCAUGGGCCACGUGCGCGAGGAGCGGCGGAUCAACGAGAGGUCGGAGGGCAUCAGAGCUAUCCGCCCCUCCCCCCCUUCGUCUUCGUUUUCUGCGUUGGACAAACGCUGGCUUGCGUGA